AUGCAAUUCAGAGGAAAGGUUCUUGAGCGUUACCAGAUUCAUAAUGAUGAAGAAAAUGCCGCUCCCAAGAGUGUUGGUGGUACUGGCAAGAAGAAUCCUUCAGAAUGGAGUGGCCUCUGCGCAGGCCCUAACCGGUCACUGAAAACGAUUCAAAGUGAGUUGGAAGCACAAAACAUUGAAAAUCUGGAUGUGACAGAGCUCACCCAACUUGAGAAGCAAUUGGAUACACUAUUAAGACAAACAAGAUCAAGAAAGACACAGCUGAUGAUGGACAGCCUAACAGCUCUUAUUGAGAAGGAAAAACAACUGCAAGAAGAGAAGCUUCUCAUGGAAAAGGAGAUUGCAGAGCUGAAGGAGCAGAAGAACAAGGAACAAGCUGAGGAAGCGGAUCAGCAGAGUUGUUCUGCUAACAACAACAAUAGCGAUGACAAUGCUCCUCCCAGACAGACGGUGCUCCAUUUGUUCUGA